GGCGACAGCCAGGUUAAAUUCAUGUGCAGGAGUCGCCUUCACUUGAAAACAUCCGUCGAGACCUGCACAUUUAGUUUUGGUGGUUUUGACGCUGUGCGAAUGGCUGAGGCCGUCUCUGCGAUGCACUUUCAGCGCGUAGACUGUCGUUUUGUACGUUGGUGGUAACGACGUUUGCAGUGCCAACGCGGACCCUCAAGAUAUAUGCGACAAUAUAGGGAAGUUAGUUCUGCAACUGCAGCACGAUGUGGCCCCCGUGGUGUAUACGUCUUCAAAGUGCUGCCACGUUGCUCCAGCUCUGAAGACGCCGAUGCAGAGCGCCAGAUCAAGAAAACGCGCUUGCUGAACCGCAAGCUGACGGCUACGCUGAAACGCCUGCCGUGUGUUCGAAUCUUGAACGCCGAGCAUCGGUUUCUCAAUUCCUCGAAAGAGCCACGACGUGCGUUCUUAGCAAUUGAUGGGUACCAUGUGCACAGAGGCCAAGGGAUCGAUCAGCUGGCCAAAAUCGUCAGUUCUCUUGCCCGUGACUUCGGACCUGGAGUGAAGUCACAUGCACACAGCGAGCUGGGUAUCUGCUACAGGCUGCUGAAGUGCAGCCACUGCAACACAAAAGGCCACGAAGUCCUGCGAGUGCAGCAAAUUCCUUCGCCUACCUUCCCAACAUGAACCAAGACUGCUUUAGAUCAUCUUAUGUGUAAAGCAGCACACAAAAACAAGACAUGAAAGGAGGAAUACAAUUGAACAGGCCAACCACUGCACUUGCAAUUAGCUUAUUUUGAAGGGAAAAAAAGGAGGGGGUAAUACACAUAUGCACAAGUGCACAACAUUCAAAUUUUUUUAAGCACCGUUAUGAGCAAAAGUCAUUGUUGCAUGUGGUGCACUUGUGGGUAUGUACUAUAUACAUAUUUUUUAAAAGAAUAAACUAGUGGCAAGUGCAACAGUUGUCCUGUUGAAUCAUAUUAAUCUCCUCUUGUGUCUUUUUUUCUGUGCGCUGCUUUACAUGAUCAGAUGCUCUGUCACCAAUUCACCCGACUUUCAACCUUACUGAAACUUGGCAAAUGCUGCCUGCCAUGAAACGGCCCUUUUCAGGGCCACCCAUGUGUUGUCCGGCUGGUUGCGAAUGCUCCCAACUGUUACCCAGAUAGCCUCCUUGAAACUUGAGAGGAGUUGUGCGGCGCAUGUUGACUCUGCUGGCUGUAUAUUACUUUUGUAUAAUUAAGAUUGUGCCACAGGGUCUUUCAAUUGAAAGUAAUACAUAUAGCAUGACCUUGCAUUAAUUAUCUUUCAUAAAUGCUAAUCACUACUCGAACAAAUCGAGAACGUUUCUGUAUUGCAGCAAAUAAAUGUAGAAAUUGCAUAUGUCAUCACACCUUUAUUGCCCAAAAAAUUGCAUUUAUUGCACAUUCAUCAAGCAAGUGACCUAUGCAGGACACUAUCUCUGCAAGCUCAGAUGUGCACGCGCAGGCCUUGCAUUUAUGGCUUUGCUAUCUCGGCAGCCCUCUGUUCUAUUGCUACCUGUGAAUGUGCCAAGCAGAUUGGUCUGAACGGCAUCACAAGUAGCUAAACACAUUUUAGAGCGCAAUGAACUGGGCUAGUUGGUACUACUUCAUUAUGUCACAGUGCGAGGAAAGAAGCCAAGGCACACAGUGCUGUGUCCCAGCUUUUUCCUCGUUCUGGGAGCACUGGAACAAUGAACAUUUGAGAACAUUCACUUGGAGCUCCUACCAUCACAUUUGGCUACAUGCUCCAAGCCCAGCUCGUCCAGACAUGAUUCAAGGCAUCACAGUUGUGUUCGCAUACAUCAUCUGUGUAGAGAACAAGUUAUUUUGAAUUGAAAAAUGGCCAUCCACCUGUUUUGUACAAGGCUACCAGGAAAUCCAUACUGAUUUCUCAGAAAGGAAGACAAAAAAUUCGUACUGUUCCUGGGCUCAAGCCUGGAAC